AAAAGGAAGAUAUUUUAUGUGCUUCUAUGAGAAUAAAAUUCUUACUGGCUUGUAUGAUCUGUGCGGAGAGGGGAAAAAAGUGGAAGUAACAGUCCGUUAUUGUUUUCCUUGAAUUUUGAUAACGGAAAAAUAGUUGAACAAAAAUUAUGGAUACUAGAGAGAAACAUGAAGGACGUAAAAAUCCCCAGGAAUCCUCGAACAUAAUCAGUUUGUUAUUCUUUGGAUGGAUGAUACCGAUAUUCUGGAAAGGUGCAAAACGUGAUCUGCAAGUAACAGAUUUGUACGAUCCGCUAAAAUCCGACGAAUCUGGACGCCUUGGGGACCAACUUCAGAAAGAAUGGGAAAAAGAAUUGAUAAAAGCGGACGGUGAGUUGGUACUUGGAAAAGACGGCAAGAAGAAGGCGAAGCAGCAGCCAAGCCUGACUUGGGCGAUAGUGAGGGUGUUCUGGGUUCGCUACAUGUUCCAAGGGCUGCUGUUGUUCUUCCAGUUAAUGGUGUUCAAAAUACUCCAGCCAAUACUGCAAGGCUGGAUAAUCGAUUACUUCAAUCCGGGCGAAAAUACGAUAUCGCGUAACGACGUUCUUCUCUACGCUGGUUACCUGAUCCUCGUCACAUUGGGAAUAGUUUUCAUAACCCAUCACACAAAUCUGCAAGUGCAAAAAGUUGGCAUGUGCAUCAGGGUAGCGUGCUGUUCGUUGAUUUACAGAAAGGUUCUUCGUCUCAAUCAGGCUGCAUUGAACAACACCGCUGCUGGCCAGGUGGCCAAUUUGAUCAGCAAUGAUGUGGCGCGUUUCGAUUUCGUCCCGAUGUUUCUUCAUUUCAUUUGGAUCAUGCCGCUGCAGGUGCUAGUGAUAGGCUACGUGAUGUGGCAGUCAGUUGGCAUUGCUUCUUUGGUAGGAAUCGGAGCGAUGAUGCUGCAGACGAUACCGAUUCAAGGUUACAUGAGCCAUGUGAGCGCGAAAUUCAGAUCAAAGAUCGCGGUCAAGACUGACCACAGGGUGCAACUGAUGAGUGAACUGAUUUCCGGGAUACAGGUGGUGAAAAUGUACUCGUGGGAAAAGCCAUUCGAUAUGAUAGUGUCGAAGGUUCGAGGACUCGAAAUGAAACUAAUUGCUGUUACGACAUAUCUGAGAGGCAUUUACCUCAGUAUAAUGGUCUUCUCCGAACGAAUGACACUAUACUUGACACUAAUUACUUUUGUAUUGAUGGGCAAUACCUUAACUGCUGAUGUAUCGUUCGUGCUAUCGACCCUGUUCAAUGUUUUGCAAAUGACAUGUGCAAUUUGCUUUCCGCAAGCUAUAAUCAUGGCUGGAGAAACCGCAGUGUCAUUGAAGAGAUUGACGGAGUUCUUACUUCUGGAUGAGAUCAAAGCUCCGGAAAAGGUGGAUAAGAAACUGAAGAAUGGCACAGUGUAUGCGGAAAAGCAGACGACAGGUCAACGGUUCAAAAAUGGGGUUGGAAUUGAAAUGGUCAACGUAGCAGCGAACUGGGUUCACGGUCAGCUCCCGCCAACUUUGUGUCAAGUGUCACUGGACGUUGGGGUUCAGUCGCUCUCCGUUCUCGUGGGUUCUGUCGGCUCGGGUAAAUCAUCAUUGCUGCACUUGAUACUCGGUGAAUUGCCAUCGGGAGCUGGAAGCGUGAAUUUAUACACCAGUGAAAACGGCGUGAAAACGAUCGUCAACCCCAAGGACAUCCGUAUCUCGUACGCAAGUCAGGAUCCUUGGCUUUUCUCAGCCUCCAUUCGUGACAACAUUCUUUUCGGUCAGCCUUUUGAUAGGAUCAAGUACCAAGAGGUCACCAGAGUCUGCGCUUUGCUUAAGGACUUCGAGCAGCUACCUCAAGGUGACAUGAGCUUCGCUGGCGAAAGAGGCGCAUCCUUGUCCGGAGGACAGAGGGCUCGGGUUAAUCUGGCUAGAGCCGUUUACAGAGACGCUGAUCUAUACCUGCUCGAUGAUCCACUCAGUGCAGUCGAUGCUCGAGUAGGUCGUCACUUGUUCGAGGAGUGCAUCCAGGGAUACCUGAAGGGAAAAACCCGCAUCUUAGUUACUCAUCAACUCCAGUAUCUUUCGCAAGCGGACAGCAUAAUCGUUUUAGACCGCGGCACCGUUGAACAUCAGGGCACGUACAAUGAGCUGGGCAAGUCAAACAUCAGCUUUGUUUUGGACUCUCAUAAUGCCGAGAACUGCAAGGUCGAAGAGACUGGCGACGGAGAUAACAAUGACCCAAAGACACAUACGUCAUCGGAAGGCGACGACGUUGACCGGAUUUCUAAUGUUGCGGAGAGCGUUGAGGAGUACAGAGACGUGAGCGAGGAGGAGGUAGCCACUGGAGACAUGUCGAACCAGGUGUACUGGGGCUACUUUGCAGCCGGUGGAAACGUGUGUUUUCUGGCCUUUCUUGUGCUAGUCUUCAUCGCAGCUCAACUGUCUUCCAGUGGCACCGACUACUGGGUGACCUACUGGACGAACAACGAGAUCCUCAAAGCCGUGAACUCCUUGAACGGCACUGUCAGAACUGGGAACGAUAGCGAAGAUGCGACUUCACUAUUCUACGAUGAGUAUGGAACUUUCCGGACAGACCUGGCGGUCUACAUUUACACAGGGUGCAUCGUUGCCUGCGUCAUCCUCACUUCGCUGCGGAGCUUCCUUUUUAUGAGCAAUUGCAUCAACUCCAGUCGAAAUGUUCACAAUGCCAUGUUUUCAAACCUUCUGAGAGCCACGAUGAGAUUCUUCAAUACCAAUCCAUCUGGAAGAAUCCUCAAUCGCUUUUCUAAGGAUAUUGGCUCGAUGGACGAACAGCUGCCCAAAGUGAUGCUCGAGACUCUUCAGAUAUUCAGUGUUAUGAUUGGAAUUCUGGUCAUGGUUAUGGUUGUCAAUUACUGGAUGGCCAUACCAACUGUUAUCGUGAUUUCUAUAUUUUACGUAAUCAGGGUCUACUACCUCAAGACUGCCCAGGACGUUAAGCGGCUGGAAGGAAUCACCAAAAGUCCCGUCUUCUCUCACGUAACCUCCACUCUUGAUGGGCUAACGACGAUUCGAAGCAGCGGCAAUUCAGUCGCAGUAAUGUUACGCAAGGAAUUUGACGAUUAUCAGGACUCGCACACCGCAGCCUGGUACCUGACCAUCGCCUCUGGAACCGCCUUUGGUUUCUUCUUGGAUAUAAUUUCCUGCGGUUUCAUCGCCUGCGUCUGUUUCUCUUUUAUCCUCAUGGACGAUGGAUAUACACUCGGGGGCUCUGUCGGACUUGCCAUUUCUCAAUCCUUGAUAUUGACCGGCAUGGUCCAAUACGGAAUCAAGCAAAGCACUGACGUAAUCGCUCAAAUGACGUCUGUUGAAAGGGUGUUGCAAUACACCAAUUUGCCGCAGGAGGGACCUUUCACCACUGACAAUCCGCCUCCACCAACGUGGCCUCCCAAGGGUGCCCUGGUCUUCAAAGAAGUGUCCAUGAAAUACGCUGAGGACAAACCGCCGGUGCUGAAGAACCUGAACGUGAACAUAAAGCCUGGUUGGAAGAUCGGUAUAGUGGGACGAACCGGGGCUGGGAAAUCCUCGCUAAUCUCAGCGCUGUUUCAUCUCACCGGAGAUGGACUGGAAGGGGAAAUUCUGUUGGACGGGAUCGACACGAAGUCGAUUGGACUACACGAACUUCGCCCCCGGAUUUCGAUUAUUCCUCAGGAGCCGAUUCUGUUCUCCGCGAGUCUCCGUUACAACCUGGAUCCUUUCGAUCAAUUUUCGGACACCCAGCUUUGGGACAGUCUGCGCGAAGUCGAACUUGGGGACGCGAUUCCAUCUCUGGAAUUUCAGGUCGCUGGUGGUGGAGCCAAUCUCAGUGUUGGACAACGCCAAUUGAUUUGCUUGGCCAGAGCGAUUCUCAGAAACAACCGUUUGCUGGUUCUCGAUGAAGCUACCGCCAACGUUGACCGAGGCACCGACGCGUUGGUUCAAAACACAAUCAGACGAAGGUUUGCCGAUUGCACUGUACUGACAAUAGCUCAUCGUCUGAACACGAUAAUGGAUAGUGACCGAGUGUUGGUUAUGGAAGGUGGUCGGAUAGUGGAAUUUGGCCACCCUUAUGUUCUUUUGAAAAAUCGGAACGGUCCGUUGUCGUUGAUGGUGCAACAGACCGGCAAAGGCAUGGCAGAAGAGCUCGCCGAGAUUGCUGAGGCAGCUUAUCAAAUGAAUCCCGAGUUUGCUCAGGCAUACAAAAGCGGCGUCAUCAUAGACGGCACUAACAACCAGAUCACUUAUCUCUGAUACGAUGGCAAAGAUGAAGGGUGACGCAAUUUUUUACCGCCCUCGGGGCUGCCGUAUUUUUAGAUUAUGUACAACAUUUGUUUUAGAAAUUUCCGAAGAUUGACAAAGCUUUGUCCGUGUA